AUGGCGUCUUGGUGGCAUCCUCAACAGCAGCAACAACAAGUACAUCAUUCGACAAAUGAACCAUUCGAUUAUCCUCAUGCACCACAAUCCAUGCCGCCACCUCACCCUUUUUAUGAUACGCAUAUGAUUAUGAUCGAAGGUAACAACAAUGACGAGUACCUCAUGCAUUCAACAAACAAUGGAAAUUUGAAUGAUUCGACUUCGAUGGAAUAUCACCAUCGUCGAAAUUGGUACAACGGGAAUAACAAUGAUGAUCGGAAAGCUAAAUCUCGCGUCGCCGCCAAACAUCGUCGAAGCGCUGAGAAUAAAGAAUUUACCGAUUUGUCGAAAUUAUUACCUUUACAACAACAGAUAGCAGCACAACUUGACAAAGCUUCAAUCAUUCGCUUAACGAUCAGUUAUUUACGUUUGCAUGAAUUUUUAUCACAUGGUGAUCCAUGUUGGCCAAAUGACAUCAAUGUACCAUCAAGAAAACAAGCAUUUAAGUUAUUUAAUGCUGACGAAUCAUCUCAAUUGCUACAAUCCUUGGAUGGUUUCAUAUUUGCAUUAAGUUCUGAUGGAAGAAUUUUAUACAUAUCAGAAUCAGUAUCCAGUAGUCUUGGCCUAUCCAUGGUGGAAAUGACAGGAAAUUUCAUAUUUAACUAUUUACAUGAGGAUGAUAAGAAAGUCUUUGCUGAUGCAUUGGGCUUCGAAUUAUUACCACCAUCGAGUCCAACUACCAGUUUGCCAAUGGAUUUAAUGAAUUCAGCAAACACUGAUACGGAUUUUUUGGAGAUAUCACCUGAACAAUGUCCUCGAAUGCAAGCACCAAACGAUGGCACUCGUUUUACAAAGAAAUCCUUGUGUGUUCGAAUGCGUUCAAGCUUGACGAAACGUGCACCAAAUAUGAAAACACCUGGCUACAGAUCAGUACAAAUUAUUGGUGAUUAUCGUUGGAUACACCCCGAUCAUCGUCAAUCGUCGCACAACGGCAAUCAUCUACUCGGCUUUGUUGGUACAGCAAUUAUUCCCAAUUUAAGUCCAUCACAAAAUGAAUUUCCUAUUCCUGAACAUCAAAGUGUUAUUCGACUUGACGAGAAUCUUCAUAUUACUCAUAUGGAUGAUAAAUUACAACGAACAUUGAAUUGGACUUUAACAUAUGCAACAUCAUCACUUUAUCUUUAUAUACAUCCUGAUGAUUUAUCAGUAUUGACAGCGGCACAUCGCGAAUUACCAUCCCGACAGCAACUUGUUUUAAACGUCGUUCGUCUACAAAUGAAUGUUGUUGCUUCACCUUCUCAGCAUCAGCGAAAAUCAAACGGAAGUAAUAAUAGCAGCAGCACUAAUGUGAAUAAUAAUCAAGUGAUCGUCGAACAGAAAUGGAUUUGGUGUGACUUAUUAGCGACCAUGAUGCAAUCGAAAACCAAUGAUGAGAAUUUUGUUAUACUCGUUGUAGAAAUUAUCGGAAUGGAUGAUGGACAUAUUGUACCUGCUAUUGAUGAAGAGCUUGAAAAUGAAUACGUGAAUCGAGUUUCCAGUCGAUCACAAAUUAGUCCAACUGAUGUUAUCGAAUCUUCACCACCAAGUAUUCAAUCGCGUGCGACGAUUAAACGACAACUAUCUCCAUAUCCGAGUGAACAGCAGCAAGUACAACAAGGCUGUUUUUAUCCAUCACCGCCUCCACCGACACUCACUCCAACUUCAUCGUUUGCUUCUUCUUCACCCCACCAUCGUCAUUUACCCACAACAUCAUCUCCGAAUCCAUCAUCUCCCCAUUCGCCUCUUCCUACUAACCGACCGUCAGUUAUCAUGACAAAAAGCAUGCAUCAUCAACAACAACAACAGCAGCAGCAGCAGCAUUAUCACCCAUACUGUCAUUAUGAUGGUAAUCCAUUCACACAGCAACAGUAUGCGCUAUCUACAUCGGGAAGUGAACACUGGUAUUAUCCACCGCCGCAUUCGAAUCUUGCAGGAGAAAACUUUACUCUGUAUCAUCAUCCACAUAAUCAUUCGAGUUAG